UACUUCUUCAGCACUCUACUGAGCCUUUGGAAUCGCACACUCCUGGGAAAAGGGCAUGGCGUGUUGGGCAAAGGAGCGUUUCCAGCUCCUAUGCUCAUGAGCAGUUUGCAGUUUGCAGCACAGAUCGUCAUGGCUAAAGCAGUCCUGAGCUUUGGUAUAGUCAAAAGGCGGAAACCAGCUGAGCUGACAUGGCGGGAUUACUUUGUGCAUGUUGUGCCCAAUGGUGCCGCCACUGGCUUAGACAUCGGGCUGUCCAAUUUCUCCCUGUCUCUCAUCACCCUUUCUUUUUACACAAUGUGCAAAUCGACCACGCCAGUCUUCCUGCUGGGGUUCUGCUUCCUCUGGGGCAUUGAAAGGCCGAGCUGGAACCUGGCAGCAGUUGUGCUGGUCAUCAGCUGCGGCCUCGGCCUGCUAGUGGCUGGAGAGACAGAUUUUAAUCUGGCUGGGUUUGUCAUUGUUAUGGUGGCCUCAGCGCUGUCAGGCCUGCGCUGGACAAUCACUCAGGUGCUGCUGCAGGGCAAUGAUGCCCAUGGGACAGGUGAGAGCACCCUGCCUCUCAUAUACCGCCAAGUAAUGAUGUCGAUCACAGUGGCAUUCAUGUCGCUUGUGAUAGAGCGCUUGUGGAUUGUGCUGCCGGGGUCGCCAUACUUUGACUCCCUCCAGUCCCUGGCGACCACAACGAUGCUGAUGCUAUUCGGCGGGACCAUUGCCUUCUUCAUGGUCUGGACGGAGUUCACCGUCAUUGCCGAGACUUCUGCGCUGACCUUCAUGGUAGCGGGCACAUUUAAGGAGAUCGUCACAGUGAUGGCGGCGGUGACGUUUCUGGGGGAGAGCUUUUCGUUCAUCAACGGGGUGGGCCUGGUGGUGCUGAUCAUGGGGGUGGCGCUGUUCAACUACAACAAGUACCAGAAGAUCCUGACAGGGAAGGCCCCGGGCGGCAGGAAGCCUGCGCCGGCCGCCGCCAAGGAGAGCCCGGACGACGAGGAGAGCGCCCGUCUUGUCAACGGGGGUGUGCGCUUGCCCGUAGGUGCAGCCUGUACAUUCACACCCUGCCACAUGCUGCGCUGCACACCUUCCCAGAUACAGGAUUACUGUGAAAUUCUAUUCAUCUUCCCUACCCAUCACUGCAGCACAUGA